AUGCCGAAUUUUCGAGUGUUUACAAGAUGGAGAGGCCUUACGCCGGCCGAAUCCUCCCAAGGAGAGAUCAAGCGAGAGCACAACCGGGAAAAUGCAACACUUUCAUCAGUUUCAAUUGCCAUGCCAUCACAAUGCAACAAACUUCCAGCUCAAAUGAAAGAAUGGACGAGUGGUUCUUCAAUGACAGGCAUAUUCGAAAUGAGCGAUUCCAACAAAACAGUCUUUGACGCCGUGAUGGCGCCCAUUCUCCCGCAAGUCCUGCAAGGAAAGUCUUGUAAUGUCUUUGCAUACGGCCAUUCUGGAAGUGGGAAGACUCAUACGAUUAUUGGAUACAACUAUGAAGCGAUCGAUGACCUUGGACUCUGCCUAGCCACGGCUCGUCAACUUGUUGACGCUCUCAAUCGCCUGAACGAACCGAACAAACGUGAUCCACUAGGUGUCGGAGUUCGCAUAUAUGAGCUACGAAGAAACAGCGCAUAUGAUCUUCUGAAUGAUGGCGGUGAAUGCUUCGUCCGAGAAGGCCCCGAUGGACAAGUCUACAUCCGAGGCAAGACGGAGAUGCUUGAGAAUGGAAAAGUGCGAGUGAAGCCCAUCGUGACCAAAGCAUGCUGGAGCUUUGAGGAUUUAUCUCGGGAACUUCAAAAGGGACUCAAGUUUCGCGCCACUGGAAUGUCGUCUGUGCAUGAUCAAAGCUCCAGAACCCAUGCAGUCAUCGAGCUUGAGAUAGUGACAAAGACCUUACUUGUGGCGCGUGAUGCUGUGAUUGAACGAGAGUCUGAGCUGGUCCCCAUCGGCAAGUAUGCAACGGAUGUGUAUAUUGAAGAGCAGAGCCGGGCCGUCAUACGAAAUUCCGAUGGAGGGUAUGCUCCCAAUCCCGAGUAUCAGGUGGACCAAGCGCGCAUCGAUGCUGUAGAAGCCAAAAAAGCAGAGUUUGAAUCAUUCGUGGAGUCAGCAAAAGAACACGAGUCGCAAGUCUUCGAUACUAUAGCUGGCACGCAUGCAUGUCUUGGGGGAAAGCUCGUUUUUGUGGACCUAGCUGGAUCCGAGUACUACAAUGAUAAGGGCGGGCCUAAAAUGAACCAGAGUGCACAGGAGAAGCAAGUAGGAAGGCAUAUCAACACUGAUUUGCUAGCUCUCAAGGAGGUUAUUCGAGCCCGGGCUCAAGGCUCAGCCCGAAUUCCUUUCCGAUCAUCGCCUCUUACUAUGGUGCUGCGCCCACAUUUCCAAAAUUCCGAGGAUUCUCAUUCAGCUAUGAUUUUGACAGUCUCGCCUGCAUCUAGUGAGUUCGCAGCGACUAUGAAUACGCUCAAAUAUGGAAAUAUGGUUGGGGCUGCGGGAUCUUCUAAGUAA